UUCAGCAUGCCGAUCGUCGAACUUGUCUUCGGUCCUACUCCAGAGGCGUUCCAAGCAAAUCCUGCGGACCCCGCACUCGUGAAACCCGCCUAUGAUGGUAUCUUGAAGCAGGACGGUGCCAUCAAGGCAUAUUAUGGCCUCAAGAGCGAAGACAGCAGCAUCGCUUACGGCUUUUACGUCUGGGAGUCGCUAGAGCACCACCAGAAGUUCAUGAACAACAAAGCAGAGUAUCAGCCCGUGCUCGACGCAGUUUCUGUCAUGUUCGACCUCAGUCGUCUCACCAUGGUCCACAUAAAGACUUCUGUCGAACCUUAUGCGGCACUUGAGGCUCCUUUGCUCGAAGUCGCGACAUGCACGCUGCAUCCUGGAAGGUCGAUCGAAGAGCUUGAGUCGGUCCUGAACAAACUCGUCGACAUAGCCAACACGGACAAAUCGCCGAUAUCUCCUGUGCUAGCGACGUCGGGACGUGUCGUCGAGAAUGAGCACACAAUGAUGUUCCUCGUGGGGUGGCCAAGUGAUCAGGCAAGCUAU